GAUCCUCAAGGCUCCACGUGACAGGAGCGGCUAUAUAGAAAAAGCAACCAACCCCAAGCAUCAGGACCAGUAGGCUACUGCCACUACAACUCAGCCGGAGCAGAUGCUUAGAAUCAAGAGAAAUCUACACUGACUCGUGAAAGCAUUCCGCAUACAUUUCAGUCACGAUGUACUAUUGGUGAACUCGCUUCAGUAGGUUAACGUUACAGCGGGGCGAACUUCUCCAUGUGUAGGUUUACCGGAGUGUACUGCUCAAAGGAGGUCUUUCCAAAGAGGGCAAAAGAUUGCGAUACAAACGGAUCUCUGCUGUUUUAAGACAAAGUUUCUGUUUGACUAUCAUCCAACAGUGAUGUUUUAUGUUCCAGUACAGCUCUGGCACUCUGAAGGAACUUAACUUUACUUUACAGUGAGCACAGUAGACUUCUCUUCAUGCAGCUUAAAAGGACACUUUCGAUUGAGAAUUUCCACGAUCAUCAUAAAAUGACAUUGUCCAGUGGUGAGAAAUUAUGCCGCUACUCGUCUAAUGUGUGACCCGUUGGGAUCUGGUCUAGUUUUCAACUCCUGGUCCCUUGUUGGGAGGAAAACGGUGUAUUUAAAGACAAAAUCACGUCUGAGGAUUUAGAAGAGUGAUUCGGAGAACUCCCAUCAUAGCACCUCGGUACUUCUGAUUUGAGUCGGGAGAACAACAGCCGUCCAGAUGCAGUUUCGACUUUUCUCCUUUGCCCUAAUCGUGUUGAACUGUAUGGAGUACAGCCACUGUCAGACGCAGUCGCAUCGCUGGAGACGUAACAAAAGAGCAGCUAGCUAUGGAGUGUACCCCAUCUGCAAAGGCUGUUCGGUGUGCUCGAAGGACAAUGGGUGCAUGAACUGUCAACCCAAACUCUUCCUCUUCUUGCGGCGGGAGCGGAUGCGGCAGUACGGGGAAUGUCUUCACGCCUGUCCGUCGGGAUACUACGGCGUGCGCGCACCAGAGAUCAACAUGUGCUCCAGGUGCCGGAUAGAGAACUGCGAGUCAUGCUUCAGCAAAGACUUCUGCACAAAGUGCAAGCCAGGCUUUUACCUGCACAAAGGCCGCUGCUUUGAUAAGUGUCCCGAAGGCUUCGCCCCGUUACAGGACACCAUGGAGUGUGGAGAGGGCUGUGAGGUGGGUCAGUGGAGUGAGUGGGGCUCCUGCACCCGGCGAAACAAAACCUGCGGCUUCAAGUGGGGCCUGGAGACGCGCACGCGGCACAUCGUCAAGAAGCCGCCCAAGGACACGAUACCCUGCCCCACCAUCGCUGAGUCCCGCCGCUGCAAAAUGUCCAUGAGGCACUGCAGGAGAGGUCCGAAGACUCGAAAAGAACCAAAGAAGAAGAACAAGCAGAGGCUUCGCUUCCGGGCUCAGAACCAGCACAGCGACCACCUGGCUUCACUGCGGGCCAGUAGCCCAUGAGGACUGAGACCAGCCUGCCACCCCCCAAAACUCAAAGCUGCUAUCUGCUGCUCCUCACACACACACACACACACACACACACACACACAAACACACACACACACACACACUUUCACACAUUCACAUACAAACACCCCAUCACCCCACCAAACACAACCUCACUGUCAUUCACACACUCAGUUCCCUUUUUUCUCUCUCUCUCUCUCUUUCUCCCCCACCCUCUCUCCUCUCUCUCUCUCUCUCUCUCUCUCUCUCUCACACACACAUACACAGAUGCUCACAUGUAUACUUACUGUACACAUAGGUACUCUGCACAUGCUCACAUGUCUCCAUAUCUCUCUCUUUCUCUCUUUUUCCUCUCUCUGUACCUUCUGCUGCUUGUCCAUGUGCCAGUGACACAUCCCCUUGACCUUUCACCUCCCCCUCUGUGACAUCACAGAACUCCGCAGCAGUUCUUCCCUUUCUGCUCACAUCUCAUUGGUGUCUGAGGUGGACGAGAGGAGGACAAAAAAAGACUGAGGUGUAUUUUAAAGAAAACGACAAAAGAAAAGAUGUUCUAAUAAUAUUCUAAAAAAGGAAAGCAGGAGGACUGGAUGGACAUGAAUCGCAGUUGAAUGUUGGCCGGGUGGGACACGGACGAAGGAAGCAAAGGCAAAUGAUUCAGACAGCGAGAGAGAGAGAGAGGAGGAGGAAGGAAAGAAUGAGGAUGGAGAUCUUCGACAGUGAACAACAAAAAAAAUGGGAGAACUGUUGAAAGGAUCGACUGAAUGACCUGAAACAAUAAAAACAAAGACUUGUGUAUAUUUAUGUCAAAUGGAACCUUUGUUUUUCCUGAUGGAGAUGGCGAGUGUUAGAAAAAUGCCUUUUCUCGGUUGAUUAUGUACAUUUUUGAGAGUAAUGGUAACUAUUGUACCAUGCAUAGUUGCAAAGUAUUUUAUUCUCAGCACAAAAUGUUUACGUCAAGACCGCUUUAUGCUUUAAAACUGUAUAUUAUGGAUAAAGAAAUUUAGUUCGACUAGCAUGGCCACACACACCUGUACAUAGUGGGUGAGUUUGUCUAAUAAUAAAAACCUAUUACUGUAUUUUCA